UAUAAAUAUGAUAAAUAAGAAAUCUUCAACAAAAUAGGCAACAAGAAUGGCCACGCAGGCAAAUGAUUAAUAAGAGAUAUUGACAGUAAAUAAGAUAAAAAUAAAUUUAAGUAAAAUCAAUAAGCAUCUAAAUAUACUUUAAAUUAAAUAGUAGGUAAUGGCACGUUUGGAAUGGUUUAUUUGGUAAAAAAGUUGUGUUAAUUUAGGCUACAAACAAUUAAACAAAUGAAAAAGUGGCUAUAAAGAAGGUGUUUUAAGAUAAACGUUAUAAGAAUAGAGAACAUUUAAUAAUAUAAGAAUUGAAUAACCCAUGUGUAAUAAAACUAAAGGAAGCAUUUUUUACAUAGGGAGAUAAAGUAAUGGUAAAUGCAUUUUAUAAAGGGCGAUGACGUUUAUUUGAAUUUAGUUAUGGAUUAUAUUCCUGACACAUUAAGUAAGGUGAUCAGAUAUUAUAAGAAGGCGAAAUAAGCUUUUCCUGCAGUUUUGUUGAAAAUUUAUAGUUAUCAAAUGUUUCGAGCUCUAGCGUACUUGGAAGGUAGAAGAAAUAUGUAACAAAAGGAAUUGGAAUCUGCCAUCGAGACAUAAAACCACAAAAUAUCUUAGUAGAUCCACAAAGUCAUGUUUUGAAGAUUUGUGAUUUUGGUUCAGCAAAAAAACUGCAGAAAGGAGAGCCAAACGUUGCUUAUAUUUGUUCCAGAUAUUAUAGAGCCCCUGAAUUGAUAUUUGGAGCAACAGAAUAUACAACAGCAAUAGAUAUGUGGUCUAUUGGUUGUGUAAUAGCAGAAAUGACUAUUGGAGAACCUUUGUUUCCAGGAGAGAGUGCCACAGAUUAAUUAGUGGAGAUUAUUAAAAUCCUUGGAACUCCAACUAUUGAAUAAGUCAAAUAGAUGAAUCCUAUGCAUAAAGAAUUCAAAUUUCCAUAAAUUAAAAAUCAUCCUUGGAAUAAAGUGAUCUUAUUUUGUAAUUUAUAUUUAGGUCUUCCAAAAAUUCAAACCUGAUCCUUUAUUUGUAGAUUUGUUAUCUAAAAUUAUGUUGUAUCCUCCCAGAGAAAGAUUAAGACCAUUAGAAGCUUUGUCACAUCCUUUCUUCUCAGAAAUUAGAGACGAACAAUUUGGAAUUCAAAAUGUCAAAUUGCCUAAUUUCUUUGAUUUCACUAAGGGUAUUUGAAUAUCUAUUAUUACUUAGAGGAAUUAUCUAUAUAACCUGAAAUUGCAUUUAAGUUAACUCCCUAAUGGUAUUAGCAAAAGAGGAUAUGAACUAAAUUAUUUUUAAUAAAUGAAUCCCAU